AUGGAUUCUCAUUGUCCGUGUGCCAACAUAAUCAAGGCGGUGCUGUCGGAAUGCUGCUGUACUAAAGCCCCAAGGAGAGUUUCUGUGUUCGAGAGGAUUUCUACUAGAACACCCGAAAACAAGCCAAGGCGUUUCCGUAGGAAGAAGCCUGUCCGCCAAGAGGACGAGUUCCUAGAGGUGUCUGCUAAUAUGACUGGCAGAGGGAAAUCGACACGACACUCUAGCUCAGAUCAACUUGCCGAAACAUCCCAACACAUGACUCGAUUGCGAUACUUGAUACGGAGGAGUGAUAAUGUGAAUCCUUAUUACGAGGCUGAGGAGCAACCAUUUCAUGUCCUGGAGAGUAUAUAUCGAGAUUGUUGGAGAAAUUUCAACAUUGAAGACAAUCCCGUAGGGUGGGAAUUUUUAUUUGGAUACAUAGGAAAGUUCAAGCAUUCUCUUCGGGAGUGGAGACAUGAGAUAAAGAAGAAAUGCUUUGAUUGUUUCACUCACAACUGGGAGAGGAUAUACAAACGAAAUAAGAGGGUUGAGCCUGAGCACUUAGCUAUACUUAUAGUAUUGUGGGGCCAAGAGGAGCAUCAGAAAAAAUGUCAGAGAAAUAAACUAAAUCGAUGGAAGAAAGAUUAUGAUCAUCAUACGGGGACUACUUCAUUUGCCCAGAUUGAGGAUCAAUUUUGUAGGAUAAUGAAUGCUCCCUUUAUCCCGCUACCAGAACUGCACGGGAGGACGAUGGUUCACUUUAGGAAGGGGUACGAUGACAAUGAGAAUAAGAAACAAAAGCUAGAAUUGGCAAAGAAAAUGCAGGAAGCUCUGGAAAAUACAUAUGCUGAGGUUGUUGCACAGAGCCAGGAGCCCCUGACUAGAGAGUAG